AUGGCCCGAAGAUCGUCUCGGCCCGGCCCCGCAGAAGUGCCAGCGGCGGCGCCGAAACGACGCGCCUCAACACGCUUGUCGGCCCCUCAGGCGGAGGUCAAGAGGGUCAAAUCUAAUAGCGCGCUGUCCGGCGCGACGAAAUCCACUAGCAAGAAAAGCAAAUAUUUCGAACCCGAGAGCUCCGCCGAGCCGGAACAGGAUUCUAGCGACUCCGACGGUGGGGAUUCCGGCUCCGCUUAUGAGGAGAAUGAAUCGCAGUCCUCACCGACUCCAGAGGUAGAUGAAGGAGAGGAUGAGGAGCUGGAAGCCUCGGCCAGUGAGGCCGAACCCGAAACCCAGGCUAAGGGCAAGGGUAAGGGCAAGGGCAAACAGCAGCGAGGUGCUGCUGUGCCCGCUAGUGCUAGUUCUAGUUCCAAGGGUAAGGAACUUUGGCGCGAAGGAGUUCGCACGGGACUAGGGCCCGGGAAGGAGGUUUUCAUCGCCAAACCCAAGGCUCGAGACGCGGGCGAUGUGCCCUAUGAAGAUGAGACGCUGCAUCCAAAUACGAAGCUGUUUUUGCACGAUAUCGCCGACAACAAUGAUCGUCAAUGGCUGAAAGCGCAUGAUCCCGAUUUCCGCGCGGCAAAGAAGGACUUCGAGACCUUUGUUGAGACGUUGAGUCCUAAGGUCACUGAGGUGGAUGGCUUGAUUCCUGAGCUUCCCACAAAGGAUCUGAUUUUCCGCAUUCAUCGCGAUGUUCGCUUUAGCAAGAAUCCUCUUCCAUACAAGAUUCAUUUCUCCGCUGCAUGGUCCCGCACGGGCAAAAAAGGCCCAUAUGCAGCGUACUAUGUCCACUUCCAACCUGGCGCCAGCUUCGUGGGUUGUGGUCUGUGGAACCCCGAGUCCGAUGCACUCGCGGCGCUUCGACAGGACAUUGACACGGACGCGCAGCAAUGGAAGGAUGUGCUUCGAGCGCCCGAGAUGCGUCGAGAGUUUCUGAAUGGAGUCAGCGACGACAAUGAAGCAGUUGUGAAAGCCUUUGCGCAUCACAAUAGAGAAUCCGCACUCAAGACCAAACCCAAGGGCUAUGAGGCAGACCACAAGGAUAUCGAUUUACUUCGACUACGCAGCUUCACGAUCGGACGACCCAUCACUGACAAGGAAAUCAUGGCAGCGGAUGUGCAGGACCGGAUCGUCGCGCUGAUUGGGGUCAUGGAGCCCUUCGUGACGUAUCUCAACAGUGUUGUGAUGCCCGAUCAAUAG